AUGGGCAAGGAAGCUGCUAAGUUCGCUCCUGGUGACGCCAAGAAGGGUGCCAACCUUUUCAAGACCCGUUGCUCUCAGUGCCACACUGUCGAGGCUGGUGGUGCCAACAAGAUUGGUCCUAACUUGCACGGUCUUUUCGGUCGUAGCACCGGUUCCGUCGAGGGCUACUCCUACACCGACGCCAACAAGCAGGCUAACGUGACCUGGGACGAGAAUACCUUGUUCGACUACCUCGAGAACCCCAAGAAGUUCAUUCCCGGAACUAAGAUGGCUUUCGGUGGUCUUAAGAAGCCCAAGGACCGUAACGACCUUAUCACCUACCUCAAGGAGGAGACCGCUUAA